GCUUAUUGUUUAAUUAUUAAUGAACUUUUACCUAAACUAAACGCCCUCAUAUCCCGGAUCCUUCCCUCUACAAACCACAGCGGACUCAAAGUCACACACACUGCCUCUACUCUCUGCUCCUCUCUCUCUCUCUCUCAUACACACACACGGCGAUAAACACAGUUAGCUUGGAAGAGUGCCCAGAAGUUUUUUUGGGGGAUUCAGAAGAUGGGUCCUAUCACGCUAUCCGCCGAUGUCAAAAGCUCUUCAGUUUCAGUUGCUUCAUCAGAUGCAUGUAACAAGAAAAUGCGGAACUCAAUGCUGGAAAGAAGAAAGCCUUUUGCAUCAGUCAGUACGGGAGAAGAAAAGCCGUUUGACUUUUUUCGUACUUUAUUUGAGGGUUUUAUAGCUGGAGGUACAGCUGGUGUCGUUGUGGAGACAGCUUUAUACCCCAUUGAUACUAUAAAGACGCGGCUGCAGGCUGCACGUGGUGGUGGAAAAAUAAAUUUGCAGGGCCUUUAUUCUGGAUUGGCUGGAAAUCUUGCUGGUGUCUUACCGGCUUCUGCUCUAUUUGUUGGUGUUUAUGAACCUACAAAGCAGAAAUUGUUAAAAUUGUUUCCUGAAAAUCUUAGUGCUGCAGCUCAUUUGACUGCGGGGGCGGUAGGAGGCAUGGCUGCUUCUCUCAUUCGUGUUCCAACAGAGGUUAUUAAGCAAAGAAUGCAGACCGGGCAAUUUACUUCAGCUCCUGAUGCUGUCCGCCUUAUUGUCUCUAAGGAGGGCUUCAAAGGACUGUAUGCAGGCUAUGGAUCUUUCUUAUUACGAGAUUUGCCAUUCGAUGCUCUUCAAUUUUGCAUCUAUGAACAGCUUCGGAUAGGUUAUAAGGCAGCGGCGCAGAGAGAUCUAAAUGAUCCUGAAAAUGCCAUCAUUGGUGCUUUUGCUGGUGCCCUAACUGGGGCUAUAACUACUCCCCUUGAUGUGAUUAAAACAAGGUUGAUGGUUCAGGGAUCUGCAAACCAGUACAAAGGAAUCUUUGAUUGUGUUCAAACUAUUGUCAGGGAAGAAGGACCUCCUGCUCUAUUGAAGGGCAUUGGACCAAGAGUACUGUGGAUAGGAAUAGGCGGUUCAAUCUUUUUUGGUGUCCUUGAGAGCACAAAGCGAUUCCUUGCUCAGAGGCGUCCUACUACAUUUCCUCAAAACUCGGGUACUAAGCAGGAUUAGGUUGUAGAGGGACUUGGUAGCACUGUUCCCAAGAUAUACCUUGAAUAGCUGUCUUCAGUUUUGUUUCUUUUACAUUCUUUAGAAUCUGAGAUGUUGAAAGCAUGAUAAUGAUGCAUAGUCAUGCUUCCUGCAACCAUGAUGUUACUAGUUUCACAUGCACAGGGAAUUGGUGCUGGAAUAAUAUCCAAGCUCCAUUAGUUUUUGAUUGAGAAAUACCACAUGUUCCCUAUGUACUA